UGACGGAGCCGCUUCAUCCCCCUUCCCCGGCCACCCGCACCCUAUUCUCCCUGCAAACUCUAGCGAGGGACCGUUAUUUUGCAUUGUGACGACCCCCUUUUUAUUUCCUCUUCUACCCGCACUGAAGAUGUCCGGCUGGCAGGAUUACGUGGAUAUGCUGAUGGCCGAUGGCAGCUGCCAGGAGGCCGCCAUUGUCGGUUACGUGGACGCCAAGUACGUGUGGGCGACGACUCCGGGGGGAAUCUUUCAGAUUAUAACGCCUGCAGAAAUUGAUGUGCUCAUAGGGAAGGACAGAGAAGGAUUCUUCACUGGAGGCCUAACUGUGGGAGGAAAGAAAUGCUCUGUUAUAAGAGACAGCCUCUAUAUUGAGAACGAUUUAACAAUGGACAUCAGGACAAAGAGUCAAGGAGGUGAACCAACAUACAAUAUUGCUGUAGGAAAAGCUGUAAGAGUCUUGGUGUUUGCAAUGGGCAAGGAAGGCGUCCACGGCGGCGGCCUGAACAAAAAGACAUACGCAAUGGCAAAAUACUUGAGAGAUAUGGGAUUCUAGUUCUAGGCUGACUUACAUUCUAGGGGUAAAAACAACAACAUUAUUGCUACUAAACUUUCCUGUCUCAGCGAGGCAUUCCUUUGUCUGGAAACUUUACUAGCAAUGCCAUGGUGAUGGGGGAUGAAGCUGUGUCUCCUUUGUAUCCCUAUUUAGUGGGGGAAGUUGUUCUUUUAUUUUACUCUUCAUUUUGGUUCUUUGUGUAAUCGAGCAUCUGGUUUGUGUCAUGGCAAAAUGUUGUCCCUUAAGGACACCCCCCCCCCCUCAACAUAUUCCUUCACCAACUUCAUUACUGAGCGGCACCUUCCUAACUGCCACCUCAUGUCCUUUCAUUAGAUUCUAGAUCGACUAAUCAGCCCCGUCUCUCAUCAGCAUCUAAUCAUGCACUACCCAGUGUAGCUUGUCUGUAUAAUGAAUGGAUCUCACAACUGACACCUAGCAACUCUGACACAGGGAUGAACAGAGACUUACCACCUCUUGUAGGACAGGCCAUGGAACUCGCUCCUCUGAAGAUCUGCUCUAACAUAAUGCAGUUUUGGUUGUAGGAGCUCAACACUGAAUUGACUCCCUCGUACUAAAUGCAUGGCUCUAGCAAUCCAACAAGUUGAACGGGGAGUCUCCGUGCAGAACAUCCCAGGCUAGCUGCUCUAUGAACAAACACACUUAGGGGGUUAUUUACUAAACUCCGAAUGCCAAAAACCCUGAAAAAAAUCUAAUUUGUAGUGGAGAAAAAAACCCACAAAUUUUAUUAUAUACCCGGAGGAUGGGAAAAGUCUCAAUCCGAAAAUCCGGCAUCUUAAACCUGCCGAGGUUGCAUAUACGUACAUCAAUGGGAGAAGUCCAAAAGAUAUUUUGAUCUGCGCUGCGUUUCGUGCAAUAAUCUGAAGACUUCAUGGUUUUCAGGGAAAAAUCCGGAAAAAAAAAUUGAGUUUUCGGGUGAAAAAGCCGAAAGAAUUUAUUUUUUUUCACUACUUUUCCGGGGUUUUUCCCAGAAAACAAAUUUUUUAGAAAAGUGUAUUAAUAAAUAAGGGGAAAAAACCUGUGCAGAUUUGGUCAGAGUUGUUUUCAGAAAAGAGAUAAAUUCAGACUUCCAUUGUGACAGCUACACAGCUUAUUGUAGUCUUCCUUUGCUGAGAUGUAGGCAAAAACACUAAAAAUCCCACCUAACACUAACUUUUCCACUUCUAAUGUCCGACACCCUUUUACGUUUCCCCCGUGGGCAGCAAUACCGCGAAUCUGCCGUUUUGUAGGCGUUUAUCCGCAAUAGUCUGCUUGUGCAAUAUCACUACUCCCGUUUUCCACACUAGAUUUUAUGCCAAACUCUUCUUUUUUUAAAAAAAAAAGCCAUUAUUUAUGUUUUAAGCAGAAGAAUUAUCUGCCGUAUACUGAAUCUUUAUAAGUAGUACGCCCUGCAUCGCGGCACCAUAUUUUUUAAAAGAAAUGAAAGCGCAGUGAUUUUUAAAUGAAUGGUGCUGUUCUGCCCUUGUGCUAAAUAUUCGGGGCUGUGUGAGAAGGGUGACCCCACGGGGGGCGGGUUUAUUCAAAAGCAGUGCCACUAAUACAUCAGAUAAGAAAUGUGAGAGCAAUACAUUGUCCUGUAGGUUUUAGUACAUUUCUACUUCCCAUUCACUAACAUAAGCCAAUGUGAUGACACUACAAUUAUCUGGAGGCCCUUCAUUAUUGAAGUAGCCAAUAAGCAGCCUGUUAGAAGCAAAACAUUAGCCAUUGUUACUAAUGCAGAUACCCAGUAAUAAUAAUUUUGUGCGUUCUUUGUAGGACCAAUUGCAGCUUGACAUUUGCCAGGCACACACAUGCUUGUCUGUACCAGCAUCUGCCAUCUUUAAUUUCAUAGAUUCAGAGGUCGCUGCUGCUGCUACUGAAAUGCCGUUGGUUAAAGUAGGUGGUAAAUUUGCAAUAUGGCUGCCGAAACCCAUGCACACACUCGUUGCAUUUGUAGAACCCUCGCUGCAAAAAAAACCUGCUAGGUCCAUUUAUUUGUGUUAUUAGAAAUCUACUUCAGCGCAAUGUCCAUAAACGUGCUGCCGGCGCUCAAUUUGGAUCCAAUCAAAACCAACUGGGAAUAAUAGACGUUAUCGGUUAGAAUGACCAUGGCUGUUGUGCGAUAGCGACAUAUUUGAUUUCUGUGCCAUAUGACAAACACACAAAACAUUCUAUGAAUUUGAACCGACGUCCUGGUUUCUUUUGAACGGCACUUGUGUAAUGACAUGUAGUAUUUGCUUCUGUUUGGGUCUUGUGUAUUCCGUACAAUGUAAACAUUCUUGUUAAUUUGUCCAUUCUUUCCCUGCACUUUUGUUACAUCUGGGAUACAGUCUAACUCAUCUGAUUUAAUAUGCAUUUAAGAAAAUGCCAUAAACUAUUAAAACACCUUGUUUACAGACAGAUGAAAUUAAAUUUAUUCCAACCAAA